CAAAGUAUCUUCCUACCUUAAGUAUCGUUACAGUUAAAUCAGACGUUCGAUAUAUUUCAAAUUGGUUGAAGUCAGUGAAACCUAACCUUAAUGUAAAUAUUCAAAUUCACAUUUAGGUUAAAGCACGAACAAAACAGGAUAAAAUUUACAUUUCGAUACAUUUUGAUACAUUUUUGUAGAGCUUCAUUCGACAUAAAACCGCAAAGGGUUAAAUGUUUAAAAAAUUCAAAACUUUAUACUUUAUCAUUCAGGUAGAGAACAUAAUUGAUUCUGCAUACUUACAACGUGCUGUUACAGUAAUGUUAUUUAGUGUUUUAGCUGCACAUUUAUUUAAAGGUUACCAAAGUGAAGAAAAGGAUAUGCAUGCUCUAUUUCAUUUCAAACAAUAGAAAUUUUACAGUGAGGUUAUGUUUGAAAAUUUGUAUUAAUUAUAUCAGCGACGAUUUGAUAUCUUUCGUAUAUUAUUAGAAAUGUUUCCAUGUAUGCUUGAUUUCCAUGAUCUUCGGUUUAAUGUAAGAAAGAAAAAAAACAAUAUGGCAGUUAUUGUGGACAAUAAUUGUUAUUCGUACAUAAUCAAAUCACAUGGUUUUUUCUGUGUUUAAUUUCGCACAUGAUAUCCGAAUGAUGAGGCUCAAUCGUACAUACAUAUGUACAUAGAUUAAUAGUGAUAGAACAAACAUGAAGUGAUUCAAAGAGCGUUGUAAAAUACAUUGUGAGAUGUAUAAACAACACAACCGUAUAUUCGUUUAAAUGUUUUUGAAACAUAUAAAUAAAGUUUCUUGUAAAAAAACGUUAAACAGAGAUAAAGUAAAAUUUUAUUUUUCAUUAAAAUUGACAUAGUAAGGCUGCACUUUAGUAUGGCAGAUUAAAAUUAUUUUUAUAUAUUAUUUAUAGUAAUAUACUCAUCAUUUUAUAUUUAUUUAAUUUCAUUGAAAAGAUCAUCACUAAAUCUGGUAAAUAAUACCGAAAUAAAUUAUUUAAUUAAAAGAUAACAUAUAACAACACUCUGCAACAAAAGAAUAAUCAUGGACUCCAUGCUUGAUUUACCUUCUUCGGAAAAAGAAUUAGAAGGAUUAAUAGAGAAGGCAAAGGAUUGGGCACUUAUGCACGGUCUCUGUAUGAGAUCGAAAGCAAAUUUUAACAAAAAUAUUCUACAAUUUGCACCAUUCAUUCUGAUGCCCUCUCCAUUUCCUAGAAAAGAGUUCGACAAUGCUUGUCACAUUCAAACAGUAUUAAACAUACUUAUACAUAGAGUUGCCCAGGAUUACAAUUUUUUGAAAGAGACUUUAGAAGAGACGAUAAAAGUUGACAAUUUUACCAAAGAACUGUUCAAUAUAUGUAAAAUUGUAAAUGAUAACGGAGGAUCAGCACAAAAAAUAUCCCUUAGUAUAUUGCGGUCAGAUUUAAUGUUAGAAACAAAUUGUUCACAAGAAGAGAUGGAGAAGAAUUGUUUGCCGUAUUGUUGCUGGAAACAAGUAGAAAUAAACACAAUUGCUUCGGGCUUUGGUUGGUUAGGACCUGCUUCCACAGAAUUACAUAAAUUUGUAUUAAGAGAACUUGGGCAUCACGAAAAAAUAAAAAAUCUUCCAGAAAAUAAUGCAUUACAAAUUAUAUGUUCAAGUAUAAUAGAAGCGUGGAAUAUCUAUGGAGACCCACAAGCAGUCAUUUUGUUUGUUAUUGAAGACAUUACAUAUAAUAUAUGCGAUCAACGCUUCCACGAAUUUGAAAUUAGGAAGCAAAAUCCAAAUAUUAAAGUCAUACGUCGAAACUUAACACAAUUAGCUGCCACUGCAACAUUGGGUUCCAAAAUGGAAUUGAUAGUUGAUACUUACAUCGUAGCUGUAGUAUAUUAUAGAUGUGGUUAUGAACCUGGACAAUAUCACACAAGAAAAGAAUGGGAUGUACGAUUGUUAAUAGAAAAGUCUUUAGCUAUUAAAUGCCCCACUAUUCAAUAUCAUUUAGCAGGAACCAAAAAGGUUCAACAAGCCCUUGCAAAGCAUGGUGUCAUCAGUAAAUAUCUAAAAAAUGAAAAGGCAUGUGCUGAAAUUAAAGAAAUAUUCACUGAACUUUAUGCAUUAGACUUUAACGAUCAUGGAAAUGCUGCUAUAGAAAUGGGGAUUGCAGAUCCGCAUCGCUUUGUACUAAAGCCUCAACGAGAAGGAGGUUGCAAUAACAAAUACGGAUCAGAUAUAAAAGAAUUCUUAGAAUCUGUAAAAUAUAAACAAGACAGGGUAGCCUGGAUUCUUAUGAAUAAAAUUCAUCCUCCGAUUCAUAAAAGCUAUAUGAUUAGACCGGGAGACAACGUUAAUAUAAAACCACAGGAAUUAGUUUCUGAGUUAGGAAUAUUUGGCGUUAUUAUUGCCGAUGAGAAUAAUGUGUAUGUGAAUAAACAAGGUGGUCAUAUGUUGAGGACAAAAUUAGCUACUGCUAACGAGGGUGGUGUAGCAGCAGGAUUAGGUGCAUGUGAUAGUCCACUUCUAAUAGAUUAAAAAAUAUUUGUACAUAUUACAGGAACAUUAUAAGUAAUAUUUUUAGAAUAGUUUAAGGACAGGUCGUUUAUAUUAGUUUAUUUUAUUGUUUUAAUAAUUACUGUUAUGCAUUUUUUUUCGAUAAGGUUUUCGUUAACAACGAAAAUGUUAUUAGAUUAUUAAUAAUAUUAUAUUAUAUAGAUUAUAAUAUAAUUUGCAUUUCCUAUUUUUAUGUGAUAAUUUGUUAUACUAUCUUCAACAAAUGAUUGCAAAAACUAUAAUUACAAUAAAUACGAUAUGAAACUGUUAAAAUAUACUAAGAUUAUAAAAUAUAGGUACUGGGGCAUGAAUAAUAAUAAAAUAAUAUACAUUUUACACAUCAAAGUAUUGUAAUUUCAUUUUUCUCUGUAAUUUAAUAUCAUCUACUAUUAAACCAAUAUUAAUGUAUUUGAAGAUGAUGAUGUUAAGUAUUUGGUAA